UUGUUUUUAAUAGCAAUUUAACGGAAUUUCCGUCCGGACGGUGUGACAGACGACGAGACUAAUAAAUUCCAAUUUCCAGUCCGCGCACUGCAACUGCAAACCAGUUACCAGUAUUUUAAUUGUUGUUAUUUACGCCGUCGUUUUAUGUUUUAUGACUUAUGACGAUCUCACAUGACGACAACGACCGGACCGGCACGGCUGCAUCGGAACGAGUUUCGUUCACGAUUAUUUGAAUGCAAGAUUAAAUAAUAUUAUCAUUUKACAUUUAUCAUUAUUUUUUUAGUAUCAUUGUCGUAUACGCAGCUACGGUGUUAAUUUUUUUUUUAAAUUUCGAUUUUAAUAUUUUUUAUUUGUUUUUAAAUUUUAUUUAAACCUCCUUCUUAUUAUGAGAUGAAUUUCGCGUGAAACAACCAACAUCCUGCUGAUCAACCGCAAUGGCCAAGUUCGUUGUUGAAUUCUCUCCUCCGGAAAAAAUUAAAUCAGGGCCAUACGAUGUUACAGAUUCAAUCUUAAACUAUCGUAUGGUAUUAGCACCAUUUCAAAAACAAACUCAAGUAGAAUUCAACAACAUCAAAUUCAAAGAAAUUGCAGUGAGGUUUUUAACAGUUGUCAAUCCUCUUGACAGACCUGGACAGUUUGUUUUACCUCCUCCAAGUGAUGGUGUUUAUUUUGAUGUUUAUGAAUUCACCUUAGAACCUAAUUCAGAACGUGAGUUAUCAAUAACUUGGCAACCAUCUCACCAUGGAAAUAUGCGUAAAUUAAUUAGAAUAGAACAAGUCGAUAAUAAUAAAAAAUAUGAUUUUGUUAUUUUGGGAAAUUGCAAUAGUCCUCCAUUCAAAAAGUUUAAGGAUGCUAGAUCAAAAUCAAAAAUUUCAAAUUUCACUCAAAAGCAAUCUAAAUUUGGUCUGGAAAAAGCUCGGGAAAAGAUACUGCCAAAAAAAACUGAAAAUAUCAGUUCUAAGAAUGAAAAAAUUAUUCUUGUAAAAAACCCUGCGAAUAUACCAGAACCCAUUAGUGAAGAAACACAGCCUAUUAGGCGGCAAACAUAUUUAGUUGGAGAAAAAGAGAAUCUUCCCAUUUCAAAAAAGAAUAUAUUAGGUAGGGAUACAAUACUUAAAAGUCCAGAACGUAGUAUUAAACGUCCAGAUCAGAGACGUCAAGAUCAUGUUUUUAAUAAACAUUUUAAUUUAAAGAAUCCAAACAAUAGUUGUAGCUCAAUGAGUGAUGAUUCACUAGAAAACCCGUCGAACAAUAUUAUCUUGAAUAUUUCUCAAUUAAAUGAAUUCUGUUUAACAMCAUUAAAAAGCACUGAGAACUUACUUUCUCCAUUCAGUGUCAAGAAACAAUUAAAUAAUUUUGAUGGUAGAAUGAGUGUUGAUGUCACUGAUGGACCAUUGGAUUCUUCUUUAUCAAAUCCUUCAAUGUUUCAACCACAAGAUGAGUUGACUGCAGCUUUGACUUAUAUUCCAGAAAAUCAAAAGCCAACUGUGAAUCUCUGGGAUAAAUUUUUAAAAUCACCUGAAAAUAAAUUAACUAAYGGUUUUAUAAAUGAUAGAUUACCUACUACCAACUCACAACCAUUUGUAUCUUCGGAAGUUGAAUCUAUCGACUUUGAACAAAAAUGCAAAUGGUCACCUACACAUCCUGUUCAUCGGCGUACAAUGAUUACUUGGAGUGGUACAAAUCCAAAAAGACCGUCAUUUUCUAUUAAGUAUUCUUCUCCUUAUUAUAAAUGUAGUCCAAAAACAUCAAUGACAUCUAAGAACAAAGUGAAACAAUGCAGUACAAAUCUACGAACAACACGUUUGAAAACUCCUAAACUAGAUAAGUAUGAUGAAUACCUUAAGUGCUUAGCGAAUCCACAACUCUUAUACCACAAUAAUGCUGAAGACCCAUUUUUAAAAAUGUCUGAAUAUUAUGAAGCAGAAUGGCUGGACCGACAAGAGUCUGACAUGAUUCGUUGGUUAAAUGCCAUGCUCACGCCAACUGAAAAACUGGUAGAUGAAGAACAGUCUAGUGACUUAGAGCAAGCAGCUAUGGCUUGGGUAGAAGCAUCCAAGACAUCUCAUAAAAAUAAACCCAUGCAAUUUGCCACUCAAAAGGAUCUAUUUGUUGCACAAAUGUACCGGCAAUCACCACAACAGUGGAGCGCAUUGCGCAAAGCCACGACAAAUCUUAUUACAUCUUCAAAUGUAACAUCUGUCCUAUCAAAAUUAACCGUAUCAAUCGAAAAAGAUCUCAUUACUUUAAGAGAUGAUCGUCAAAUACAUUUGGACUUAAGUUUAAAGAAAAAAAUUAUUGAUCUGCUUAAAUGUUACAAUCCAUUAUGGUUUCGAAUUGGUUUGGAAGCUAUAUAUGGUCAAAUUGUUCAUAUAAAACCUGGAUCCAAUGAUUUAGAUGGCAUUGGCUGGUUUGUUCGUAAAAAUCUGUUUAAUAACGAUUAUGUCAAACAGAAAUUUACCAAAACCACUGUACUCCAAGUAAACCUGCCUUCAUAUAAUGCUGCCAUGAAAAAGUUUAUUUUAAGAAAGAUAUUUAUGCUCAUUUACUUUUUGGACCGUGCUAAAGAGCAACAAUUGAUCAGACAUAAUCCGUGCUUGUUCAAAACAGACUCACCAUAUAAAAGUAGCUAUGACUUAUUGAUGGGAUUUUGUGCCGACAUGGUAACUGCGCAUGGAGACAUAGUUCGUCGACUGAGAAGUAUUGGUUACAAUUUGACACACAAACAAACACAUUUGGAUGAAGUGAAUUAUGCAGUUAAGUCUCUAAAUGAUCUAAGGGAUGGUACUAGAAUUACUAGGGUUGUGGAAAUUUUAUUUAAAGGCAAUCCUUUGUCACAAAAACUAAGACUUCCGGCUAUAUCAAAGUUACAAAAAAUUCAUAAUGUUAAUUUAGCCUUCACACGGAUAUCUGAACAUAUAUCCAUCGAGGGCAACAUAAGUACUCGUGACAUUGUGAAUGGUCACAGAGAAAAAAUUCUAUCGUUAUUCUGGCAGAUUAUCUACAAGUAUUUAACCCCACGGUACAAUAACGCUGCUACGAAAAUCCAAAAUUGGUGGAGAAAUAGCAGUCUGAAACUGGUCAUAUCCAAAAGAAUCCGAGCCAAAACGAUUGCCAAGCGUCACUUAGCCGCCUCUAGUAUACAAGCUUGCGUUCGAGGCUAUUUUACUAGGAAAAAAUGGCCUCAAUUGCAAGCUGAACUUGUUGAAAACCGUAAGAUGUUGCACGCGGCUUCCACUACAAUCAAACAUUAUUUUAAAGAGAAGUUAAAACUAUUGACAGAAGAACGAAAACGGUUUAUAAUUUUAAGGAGAACGGUUGUGUUUGUGCAGAAAAAGUAUAGAAACAAAAUGGUUAUGGUUAAAGAGCAACAGAAAUAUUUAAAAUUGAAACAGUCAGCGAUAAUCGUCCAAAAGGUGUUUCGAGGAUUUUUACUGAGGAAAAACUGGCAUGGAAUCAAGAACAUUCAAAUUGCGGAAAAAACGGAACGAAUUGCUGCCGUCAAUACGAUUAAGCGGUUGUUGCGAAAGAACUUGCCACCGACACAAGACCGUUUAACAUUUUUGAAGUUAAAACGUACCGUGUUAUACAUCGAAAGUCGGUACGUUGCAAACAAAAUGAUGAAACUGCAAACGGAACGUUACACUGCUCUAAAAAGCUCAACGUUAUUCGUGCAAAGACUAUUUAGGGCCAACGUGGCGAUGAAAAAAGAACGGGAAAAUUAUUUAAAAGCCAAACGGUCGGCUUUGAUGGUCCAAAAAGUGUUUCGUGGUUUCGUGACGAGGAAACAUUGGCCAGACGCUCGAAACCGUUUGUUGUCGGAAAACGAGAGACGGGUCGGCGCCAUAAACACGAUCAAGCGGUUGUUACGGAAAAGUCUGCCGCCGACACAUGACCGUUUAACAUUUUUGAAGUUAAAACGAACCGUGUUGUACACCGAAAGUCGGUACGUUGCAAACAAAAUGACGAAACUGCAAAGGGAACGUUACGCCGCUUUAAAAAGCGCUACCGUGUUUGUGCAGAGACGGUUCAGGGCCAACGUGAUGGCGGCAAGAGACCGAGAACGCUUUUCGAACUACCAACGGUCGGCCGUGCUGAUACAAAAGACGUUCCGGUGUUUCGUGGCCAGAAGGCGUUGGCCGGCGACGCGAGCACGGCUGCUGUUGGAAAAAGAGAGACGCGUCGCGGCCGCGAACACGGUGAAACGAGCGCUGAGGCGGAACCUUYCGACGACCCAAGACCGAGCCGACUUCGUCCGGCUGAGGACCGCAGCUCUAUUCGUGCAGCGGGCAUGGCGAGCCAAGCAUCUGAUGAUGGUGCAGCGGGAAUGGUACACCACAUCGCAAUACGCCACCSUGUACGUCCAGCGGACGUUUCGGGCGAAGGUCGCUAUGAGGUUGGGCCGCCGUGAGUACCUGAAGGCCAAACAGUCGGCGGUGCUCAUCCAAAAAGUGUACCGCGGUUACGUGGCCAGGCGUAUGUGGCCAGACGUCCGGGACCGGUUGGCCGCUGAACGAACGGAGCGGAUCCGGGCCGUCGACGUGAUCAAACGGGCCCUGCGACGCUGGUUGCCGUCCACCCGAGACCGUCUGAACUACGAACGGCUGAGACGGUCGGUGGUGGCCGUUCAGAGGCGGUACCGGGCGAACGUCGUUAUGCGAACACAGCGUGAAGUGUACCUUAUGCUCAGAUGCAGCGUGUUGGUGAUUCAGCGACAGUUCAGGGCCAACUGCAAAGCGAGACGCGACCGCCACCUGUACAUGCGACUCAAGUUCGUCGCUGUCGGACUGCAGGCAGCCGCUCGGGGCCACUUGUUUCGACAGUUGCGGUGGCCAGCACUGAUGGUCGAACUGGCCAGCCGUCGCCUGCUGUUGACCCGAUGUGCCAACAUCGUCAAGCGAACCUUGAAGAGACGGCUGGHCAUCGGUGAUCGACGACGGUUCCUGGAACUUCGGCGUGCUGCUGUCACAGUCCAGAGUUGGUUCCGCGGUCGUAAGCAAGCCCACGAGUACGCCGAACUGCGUGGCGCCGCCGUGACUGUGCAACAGUGGUUUCGGGCAAACUGGGCUGCAAGACUGCAACGAGCGAAGUACUUGCGCAUACGCACUGCGGUGAUCGUGCUACAGGCCAACACCAGAGGACAUCUGGCACGUGUCAGGUGGCCUGUUGUAAAAUGCGGCCUACAAGCGCACAGAGAUGUGUUAUCCGCGGCCAGCAAUACGAUCAAAAGGUUUCUGCGCCGGUGCCUGCCAAUUACUUGCGAACGUUCAGAGUACUUGCGCCUGAAACAAGCUGUGGUCGCAGUACAGACUCGGUACAGGGCCGUGGUCGCAGCAAGGCGAGGUCGGGGGGAAUACCUGCGGCUGAGACAGUGCGCUAUCGUGUUACAGAGACGGUACAGGGAUCGUAAAGCCAUCCGGGCGGCGAUCUUGUUGCAGGCGUAUGUCCGUGGAUGCAUAGUCCGCCGCCAGUGGCCGCAACUCAGGCACCAAUUGGCAGCCGAACAGAAACUUGAGGCAGACUCAAAAUUAGAGAAAUACAAGGCUGCGUCCACUAUACAAGCAGCUGUUAGAGGAUUUUUAACCCGCCAGAAAUUUCCCAGGAUCAGAAAUGAGCUAAUGAUAAAGAAACGUGUGUGUGCUGCCACUAAAAUACAGGCCCUUUGGAGAGGUUACUGUGUUCGAAAAAAAUACCAGUGUCGUCGUGAUACUAUCAGAAUGCCCAGAAGAAGUGCCCAGACGUUAGGCAGGAGACACAAUGAUGUUGUGGACAUAUUAAAAAAGCAAAAGAGAAAUGAAUACUCAUACAAAGAACUUGCAACAGUCUUUUGGAACUUGGACACUUGUACGUCGUUAUCCAAAGAGCUAUGUAUGAAAACUGCUGAAGGUGCGAUUGUAGAUUACAUUUUCCGUUUUCUGCAAUAUUCCAAUCAAUCACAACCGAGUAUUGAAGCCCGUGAACCUGCCAUUCGAGUACUCAUUAAUUUGCUUAGGUACCACGAAACGUCGUGGAUCAUUUGGACAAGAACUGUAAAUGCUGACAUGGUCAAAGAACUUAUCAAAAUGAUGAAGAUGAGCUGUGGAAAGUUUGGUUCAGCAAAUAAAUUAUUUUGUUUGAUAGCCACUUUGAUAUGGAUAGUUUUGCAAGACCCCAAAAAGAAACAGUAUUUUAAAAGCAAUCCAAUCGCAGACUUUAAAUACAUGUUGGAAUCACUAAACAGGAGAUACAAAACUCACAAAAUAGAUAAGAAAUUAAUGGUUUUGCCAUCAACACGGCCUACAUGGUACAUUGGCUCCAAGUGUCAAAAGUGUUUUGAAUCUGAUCUCUUUGCAACUAUUCAGGUCUGCAAAAUGUUGAACAUUAUAAAAUAAUUGAUACUAUUUAUUUUUUUUACUAUUUAUUAUUAAUUAUUAUUAUGUUUAAGA